CUUUUAUAUUUAAUUUUCAGAUACACCUGUAAAAAAAAAAUGUAAUGAGCUUUUUCUGCCAUCUAGUGGUUGAAUACCCAUGCUUUAAUUUAAUGCAAAGACUUUUUAAAUAUAUCUAUAUACCAAGUGUGUGUAUAUAUAUAUAUAUAUAUAUAUAUAUAUGUAUAUAUAUAUGUAUAUAUAUAUGUAUAUAUGAGUCAAGCUGUUAUCUUUGUUUGGACACUUACCCAACAAAUGAGGAUUGUAACUAAAGUUUUUUAAAUUAUUUUGAAGUAAUGCUGAAUAUACUUUAUCACCCUAUAACACCAUUUCAAAUAUAUUUGCCAUUGCUGGACCGAGAAGAUCAAUUCUGAUUUUUCUUUUUUUUUUUCACCAGUCUUAUUUUAAAUAAAAACAUGUUAAGUUUAAAAUGUAGGCUAAAUGAAUGGAUGAGAAAAUGCUUUUAGAUUGUGCAUUAAAAUAGCCUUUAUUUGCAUUGUAACUACUAUAAUGGUUCCUUGUUUCUUAACAAUGGCACAAACAAGAUCUUUCACUGGAUUUCUUUGAAGGAAAGGAAAUGCCAUGGGGUAAAUGCAGCCAUGCAUCCCCUCAUUAUUAUAAACACACCAGCCGUUCAAAGUAUAACAGGUCUUUGUCUGCGACAGAAUCAGUUGUUCAGGUGGUAGAAUCUGAUCUCAGGUUUAUUUCCACCUAGGUGAUCAAAUCAAAGACUUAAAAAAUAUCUCGAAAAAAUGCUGAACUUUUCUCUCCAGCAGGAAAACAGAAUAACAAAAUGUAUUUGCUUCAUUGUGCUGAUGUUUUUUUUAAAAUAACUGGGCCUGACCAACCUCUCCUUAGAAACUUGCUUACCUGAAAACUCUCCACCAAUCAAAACUGGACUGCAUUUCCUUUCCAUCAAAACAUAGCAUAAAAUGAAUAUGUUGUUAAGGAUUCAAAACAUUUGUCUAUUUUAUUAAUCUCCAAACAGCAAACAUUUUCUCAGUCCCAUUUAAAUAUUCUUUUACAAGUGUCUUUGCUGGUUUCUCAGGACCCCCUCUCUUGUGCCCCUUUACCUGGUCAUCUGUGACACUAUUGUCCACUUCACUUUCUGUCUCCAGAUCAGUGAUCUGCACUGCUAUAAAGCCACAAAUGACACAUGAGCACUCAUCAGAAGGACAUCGCCACACAAUAUGAAGCUAAUUGACAGAUCGCUGACUCUUCUAGUCUUUAUCAACGCUGUGUAUUCAGCGGCUAUGAGAGAAGGGGGUCAGGAUUUGUUACAUUUUCUGAAUGACGCCUUUGAAAUUACUCAGCCUCCUGACUACCUCGAACCAACAAAACUCUCAGACAUUGUCUCUUCCUUUGUAGAUACAGAGAAGAUUCUAGAACCUGCAGGUCCAACAGCAGAAUGUAAAGCCCCAGAAAUAAUUGGUAAUUUUGCUGAGGUUUCCAAAACAACUCCCAAACCAAACUCAGUUGAAAUUACAGGCAUUGCAGAAGAGAGAUCCACUGAGAGCAGCAACUCAGACAGCAGAUUAGCUGACAGAACAUCAGCAGAAGACAGCAGAGAGGUUGAAAGAUACAAUAGGUCACGGCUGAGGACCACACUCAUGGAGACCAGCAAAGCAUUACGGGAACGUUACGAGAAUUCAGCAGAGAGUAUGAGUACAGACAGAACUGACAUGGACACAGAGGUGACUGAAGACAGUAAAGAAGCAGAGAUGGACGUUAGUAGUCAAGAAAUGGACAGACCAGAGGAGAACGGGAGAUACCGAAACCAGAAAAUGAUAGGAAAAUACAGUGCUGAAAUGACAGGUGCACCUGAUACUGAGAAAUACCAGCAAGAAAGCAACAAAAGAGCAGUAGAUUUAGACAGUCCAGAGGUUAUGGACAACCCUGACAGAAAAGACCUCGAUGCUGACAGUGAAGAACAUUCUGCAGGACUUAGAGCAAAACUAAACUAUGCUGCUAACCAUGCCACACUGAAUGAUAGCAGGGAAAUUAUUGAUCAGAACCCAGGAUGCAUUGAAACAUCUGUUGAACAUCCCAUGGAAGAGAACAACAGUCUGGAUGUCCGUAAUGUGGACCAGGAAAUCCAAAAGGACACAAUGAGCUAUCAGAACCAGCUGAGGAAAAUAUGUCCCAGCAGGAGAGUGAGAGUGUCCAACAACCCCAAAGGACAGCUGGAUUUUGAUAGUCCAGAAAGAGUGAACAGUGAGCUUUUGGACAAAGACAACAGCGGUGAGAGGCUGGAAGGACAUGCGUCAGUUACUCUGUAGAGAUUUGACUUGAUUUUUUUUUUUAGCAGUAUGGCUAUUUGAUUAUUGAUAAUUUUUCAUUAUAUCUUUCAUGGAAUAGUGUUUGGGAUUAAAUAGCUAAAAAUAGUGAUGCUACUUUACUACAUUUAGUGAAAAGAAGUUGAUGUAUUUUAGUGAAUUUGUUCGUUUGGACAGUUCAUUUCAAUCAACAUGUUAUUAAAAAAAAGCGAUUCAACGAUUCAGUCGCUACACAGCAUUUAAUGUCUUAGUUUUGGUUGCAAAAUAUGAAUGUUGCUGAAUGUUGCAAAUCUGUUAUAUAAAUACAAAUAUUAUUUAGAGUAAAUAUAUCUGUUCAGAUAUUGUAUCAUGAGUUCACUGGCUCAUAUCAUCUUUAAAAUAAUAAAGUAAACAGAUCUGACGUGUCGUCAGAAGUGCACGUGACUUGGCUCGAGCUCCAAGGUCCCCUUGGAGUAUCAGAUUAAAACAAUAAAUUAAUAAGAUCAUUUAGUAAUAAUAAAUGCUAAAGGUGUUUAGAAAUAAAUGGGGAAAUGGGGAGGAGGAUGUCGGAAGAAUGGUCACCGGAGUGAGGUAACCUGCUGAGAUAUAUUUGAGACAUCACUGUCAGGACUUUUCUACUCUCAAACUUACAUUUGUAGCUUCAUUUAAUUCUGUCACCCUGAUUAAGGUCCUCAUUGUUUAAACCAGAUAAAUAGGCCUAAUGUUUGAAUGAAUACAAUGCUACUGAGAAUAUAUUUAAAAAGAUAUUGCUCCAUUAAACAGCUUUCGUGUUGUUAGCUACUUUUUAGCUUGUAGUUUAGCUAACUACUUUUUUCUUGAUGAACCUACACCGUUUU